ACACGUGUUUUGAGGUCAAUGUGUCGUCGUGCCCGUUUCGAUCGAAGGCGGGAGGGGGAGCGCUGUCUGUGCAGUUAAAAAGGAACUUCAAGUCUGAAAAUCUGUUGUGGGCGGAUGGUGGAGACUAGGGAAAGAUGGCAUCCGACGUAGAGAAGCAGGAAAUGCCUGAUGAACUUAUCGAGGUUUUCACCACGAAGAACAGGGGGAGAGGUGUCCGAGUAACUCGUGAAGUCAAGGCAGGGUGUCUGUUGCUGACUGAGGAGCCGUUUGAGUUUGUCGUCAAGAAUGGGGAGAGGGGUUACUACUGCGACCAGUGUCUCGCAAAACGGGAUGAUAUUCUUCACAAGUGCUCAGCCUGCAGGUUUGCAUACUAUUGCAACCGAGAUUGUCAGAGAGCAGCUUGGUCUUCACACAAACUGGAAUGUGAGGGUAUAAGUAGGGUCACUCCUAACGCUCCUUCAGACCAUGUCAGACUCAUGUCUAGACUGAGUCGCAAAAGAAAGAAACAACCUGCUGCAGCAGUUAAUGGAGCUGUGACUUUCCCUACUCAUAUCGACCACCUACAAUCGGUUCCAACAGACCUCCGUGGUGACACACAGCUAGAGUUCUCUAGUUGGUUGUAUACAUUGCGACGGUUCAUGGGGGAGGAAUCCAACGUCAUGCUACCAGCUGAGGUCUUGGAGUUGUUCGGAAGGAUGCGAUGUAAUACAUGUGAUAUCUCAGAUGGUGAACUACAAAGCUUAGGAAUUGGAUUAUAUCUAAAAUUUUCCAUGUUUAACCACAGCUGCGACUAUAACUGUGUUGCUAUCCAUAAUGGGACUUCAAUGAGUGUCAGAGCAACAAGAGAUAUACUGGCCAACAAAGAGUGUUUUGUGUGCUAUGUUGAUGUGUUGAAACCAACCGCAUCAAGAAACGCCAUCUUGAGAAAUGUCUUUCAGUUCAUGUGCAAGUGUCACACGUGCAGAGACACAAAGAGGGAACAACUUCGUCACAGUGUAAGGUGUGGUAACCCUGAGUGCAGAGAAGCUGUCCUUUUAAACCCAGAUGGCAGUGUCAAGAAGUGCAGUCAGUGUACAUUUGAUGGUUUCCCUCCUGAUUUCUCCGAGCAGCUGAAACUAGUGGAACAGCAAUGCAUGGCUAAACUAUCAGCAGCUGAAGAGAUUAUGUCAUUUGGAAAUUGGCCGAAGAUUCUUCAACUGAGUGAGCAGUGUUUAACCCUACAGAAGGGUAUACUCCACCCAUACCAUCACCUGGUACUAGAGACACUCCACUAUGCAAUGGAUGCAUGUAUUCAUCUUGAGAAAUGGGAGCUAGCUCUUGAGUACGGGCUACGAUCUAUUGAACAUAUUGAUUUUCAUUGCCCAGGUAACAAUCCAAAUGCUGCCAUCCAGCUGAUGAGAGUUGGGAAACUACAACAAUACUUGAAAAUGAUCCCAGAAGCGACAAAGAAUCUACAGAAAGCAGAGAAUAUAAUGCUGAUCACCCAUGGUUCAGACCAUCCUCUGUUUGCCAGUCUAAAGGAGAUGCUGGCGGCUUGUGCGAUCGAGAAAAGACAGACGUGUAGACUUGAAUCAAUAGAAGAAGCAGAACCUGACCUCGAAGUUGAACACUUAAACAAAUCUAUGGAAAUUGUGGAGAUUACAGAUAAGAGUGAGGAUGCCUCUCAGGACACUGAAAGUGGACUAAAGGAUAGUAACGGGGGUGUCUUGAAAAGGGAUGAUGCAAAUGCUUCACAACAAUUAAAGGAAAGUGCUGCAAAAAGUACUGAUAAUGAUUCUGCAAAGGUCAGCAAUGACAACACAUGAAGAAAUUGCCUCAAGUAAGCUGAACUUAAAAGUAACUUUUAUCCUUCUAAGAUGUUUUUGUGUGUUUCCUUAGGUGUAAAUACGAUUCUCUCAUCUGCAAGAUGUAUAUCUUACAGUUAACUGACUUUGUAAAUCAUGUUGCGGAUUUUUUUUUUUUUUUGAGGAAGCAACACUGGUUACAUUUGGAGUUCUUUUUUAUGUACAUGUUUGAAGAAAAGAUAAAAGUUACUUUGAAAUUGAAUAACCAAUACAUAACUUCAAGUGUCGUGUACGAAACUCAUGCAACUACAAGAAAAUUUACCUUCUGACUUAUAGUUGUAAUCAUGAAUACCUAAACAUUCACAACAAUUAAAGGAAAGUGAUAAUUUAGUAUGCUGCAUGGUAAUAGUGCUAACUAGUUAGAAUGUCUUUUUUGCUGGCUUAUGAAAUAAGUUGGAAUACAGCUGGUUUAUAAAAGUAAUCACAAAGAAAAUUGCAUUUUUUGUAUGUGUUCCUGUUGUUCUCCCAUUCCUGGCUGAUGGAUAAGUAUUUUGAGAUCUAGCAAAUUUUAUAAAUUAUGAAAAGUUUGUUCUUUUUCCUUUAUGGUCAGUCGCCAGGGGCCAGGUGAGAAAUCAUUUUAGUGCAAAACGCAUUGAAAGUAUAUACUGUAUUCACAAGAAAAGUGUAUAAUAAAUAAUACCUACAAAAAAUAACAUUUGGUAAAAAUGUGUGGAAGUUGUAUUCAAUUUUGGAGAACUAUGUUUUUUUACACUGCCGAAUUCUUACCCUUUUGUCUUGGAACAAAAAGACAGACCCUCUGAGAAACAUAUUUUCCACAAGGUUAUUUGUAAUUCGGUCGCAAAAAGUAUAAAAUCUUAUAAAACCUUGCACAGUUUUGCAUUUUUUGUAUUUUAUACAUUUGGCAGUGAUUUGAUUUUUUUAAAAUCACAUUAAUGAUAUUUGAUUUGAAACCAUUACAGCACCUCAUUGUUCACAAUGAUGUGAUUUUGAAAGAGAAAUUAAAAGCAAAUGUGAAAAUGGUUUUGUUUUGUAGAUAUUUGUAAAGUUUUGAAUCGUACAUAUCAAUGCAUGGUUUAUUAUCGUAUUGAUAUUGAAGUAUAAAUACUAUUUUUAUAUAUACUGAAAAUAUUUGUAAAAAGAACAAUUUUCUUGAGCAUUAUAGCAGUAAAUGAAAAGAUUGACAAAAAGAGUCAAUAUCGAAUGCAUGUAAAAUAUUAAUCCCGUGAAAUAAGUUUUUGUUUUUUUCCUCUUUUCAUAUUUUUGUAUCAUAUAGGGUUGAUAAACAAGAAUAAAGCAAAGUAUUUUCUGUGCGAUAUUUUUUCUAU